AUGAUGGCGAUCAUCGGAAUGUUUUUCCAGGACGGCUUGACCGGCUCCGCCUGGGGCGACUGGGCGCUCUACACGGGGUCUCCGUUGCGCGCGUUCGAGAGCGAGCUGGGCGUGCAGGACCCGGUUGGCUUCUGGGACCCCGCUGGCUUCACGGCGGACGGUAGCACGGAGAAUUUCGCCCGCCGGCGCCAGACGGAGCUGAAGCACGGGCGCGUGUCUAUGCUGGCGACCAUGGGCUACAUCACCCCAGAGAUCACCGGCAAGCUGCCCGGGUACCUGUCGCCGUCCGCGGGCCUGAAGUUCAUCGUGGCGUACGGUGCGUUCUGCGAGCUGUCCCAGGACCAGUCCGCCGGCACCGCUGCCGCGGCGGGCGACUUCGGCUUCAAGGUGCUGACGUCCAGCGACGCCGCGGAGAAGCAGAAGAAGUUGGCGGCCGAGAUCGCCAAUGGCCGCCUAGCCAUGAUGGCGAUCAUCGGAAUGUUUUUCCAGGACGGCUUGACCGGCUCUGCCUGGGGCGACUGGGCGCUCUACACGGGGUCUCCGUUGCGCGCGUUCGAGAGCGAGCUGGGCGUGCAGGCCCCUGUGGGCUACUGGGAUCCCCUUGGCCUGAGCGCCGACGGCGACGCCGACUCCUUCAAGCGGCGCCGGGAGACGGAGCUGAAGCACGGACGGGUGUCGAUGCUCGCGACGAUGGGCUACAUCUCCCCCGAGUACUUCAAGUUCGCUGGCUACCUCUCGCCGUCCACCGGUCUGAAGUUCUCGGACGUGCCGAACGGCCUUGGCGCGCUCGCAAAGGUGCCAGGAGCUGGCAUCUGUCAGUGGGUCAUCUUUUGCGGGCUGGUGGAGGUCAACUUCGGUUUCGGCGCCUUCAAGCGGGGCAGCGAGCCAGGCAACUACGGGUGGAGGGCGAUCACCUCGACCGACCCCGAGACGAAGCAGAAGAAGCUCAGGGCCGAGCUCGCCAACGGCCGCCUGGCCAUGAUGGCGAUCAUCGGCAUGUUUUUCCAGGACGCUGGGCGUGCAGGACCCGGUUGGCUUCUGGGACCCCGCCGGCUUCACGGCGGACGGUAG